AUGACAGGUCCUGCUAGACGACAGUACCUCGAGUAUAUGACACUAUAUAAUUUCUUAUAUAGUGAUGGGGAUAUUCAGAUACUUCCGGAGGAUCUUUUAGAAUCUAAGGAGUAUCAUUAUUUUCGUUUGGCUUUGCAAAGUCCUUUGUUCUUAAUAUGUACUAGUAAAAAUACUGAGACUAGCCCUUUACUAAGUAGUAGCAUGCUCGAGUUUCUCUCAAAUUUGGACUUUGAACGAUCAAAGACAUAUAGGGAGUCUCCACAUGUAUGCACAGCUUUUAAAUCUAUCUUUGAUGAAUUUAUUUUAAAGCCAAUACAAAUAGGUAAUAUUGAUCUGAAUACAAUAGUUAAUAUGUUACAAAGUAAUGGAAACGAAAAUGAAGACUUUAUUAACUGGGACAUAUCACACGUUUUUUCAUGGAUAUCUUUACAAGUUAAUGAGAUUCCACAGGAAUAUAUAGAUCAAACAUCAGAAAUUACAAAUUUAGUAGAGAAUUAUACUCGGUUGGCAUUAUCGAUAGAUUAUUCAAUAUGGGAUAUGAUGGCUGCUGAUUUCUUAUCUUGUAAAAAUAAACAUCCUACUAAUACCUCAAUGAAUCUUCCUGAUACUGUAAUUAAAAUGGAGUCUCUAUUUUUUAUAACAAUGGACCCUUAUUGUUGUUUACCUAGUAUAAUGUCCCUCGUACUAACAUUGACUGUUAGUAGCAAUUUGAAAUUUUUAAAAUUAGUCUUGAAUAUGAUCUUUCAAUUCCUUGGCCAAAUGUUGGAGAAAAUAAGUCCAGAUCUUGCUGAAUUAGCUUUUGCUAUAUCUAUGGUUAGAAUGCUUGUAAAAUUAUCUAGAUUAAUUCAAACUCAAUGCCAGGAAAUAUUGCAACAAAUGAAAAACAAUAUUUCUGAAGUUCAAACUAUCCCAGCUAUAUACAUUGAUCGUCUUUUAUUCAAUUCAUUUUUAUCUACAGAAGAACUUCUGCUUGCAAUUAGGAAUAAUCCAAAAUUUACUUCAUCUAUUAUUUCAUCUAUUCCUUCUCUGGAAUUAAUAGUUACAAUAUUAAACUAUCCUUUAAGUAACUUAGAACUUGCUAAAAAGCUCAUUUUACCUUUACUUAUAUAUACAAUUACUUAUAAUAUUGGAGUAACUGGUUCACUGAAUCUACAAACCUUGGAUUCUUUCAAAGAUAUAUUAAAGCCAGAUCAAAGCUCUUCAGAUUAUUGGUUAGAAAUAGUUCUGUAUAUUUGUAUUUGGAGUAAUGGGGAAUCAAAUAUAGAUAAAUUUGAGAGUAAAAAUACCUACGAACUCCUCAUUUAUAAAAUAUUUUCUCUAUUUUCAGGACAACAAUCUACAAGUUGGCUAAUCUCUUCAAGUGUAGCUAAUGUACUACAAUAUAGUUUGGUUACACUUCUAGAUGAUAAUCAAUCCAAGUUUCUAGAGGUAAUUUCUAUAAUAUUCAAAUAUAAUAAUUCAAUUGAUAUAAAUUAUAUGGAAAAGUUAUCUUUUUUUCAAGAAAUGUUCACACCUAAUCAGGUUGAUAUAAACUAUGAUAAUCCUGGAAUCCGUACACUUAUCCAAGACUUUUUUUGGCUCUCUCCACAAGCUAUGCCUGUUAUUCUUCAACAUUCCAAACUACAGCCAGACCAAACUUAUAUUGUAUUAUGGUCAUUAGCUCAAAGUUUGACAAAUUUACAACAAAAAUGUUCUAAUCCGAGCUUUCAGGCUCAUCAACUUUCUAAUAUUAAAAUAACUAAGAAUUUAGAUUACAUAAUAUUGGCAAUCCUAGACUUUAUUGUUGAUAUUUUAAAGAAGAACAAAAAUAAUCCCAAAAUUUUUGAAAAUUCUGAUGACCACAAAUUAAGAGAUCAAAAAGAUUUUAAUUAUAUAUAUAACUACUUUGAAAUGUUUAGAGCUUAUGUUUAUGCUCGUUCUAUUGAUUUCAGUUCAUGUUCAAAACAAGAGCAAAUAAUUACACUCAGUAAUUUACAUGGAAAGAUAGCUUGGCGAAGAAUUAUGGAGUGGAUCAGAAGUUGGAGAUUAAAUAAAAAUAAUCCAUCUACUUACAUCUUAAAUUCAAGACAUUGGCAAACACUAUUCUCAGAACUAAUGGCAAUUGUUGUUCCUGAAGCUUUAUUAGUACCUAGUAUACCAAAGUUAAAUAUUUCAACAUAUAAACAUUUAAGUUCUUAUGAUCUAUCAAGUUAUCCUAAUUAUAUUGAAACUUGCUUAGAGAUCUCAAUAAACCCAAAAUCCUUUAAAAACCACCCACUUUAUAAAUUAGAACAAACAUUUAACCAAAUUCAAAUGCAAGAAUUUAAUAAAUUGGAAAAAUUAACAUUUGAAUGGCUUACAUUAUAUUACUUAGAACCUUUAUUAGCAACUUAUUCAGUGUUGAAAAUUCUUAAUAACAAAGAAAUAUCCUCAAAAUCCGAAAAUGUUGAAGAAUUAUAUUAUGACUUAUGCUUGAAUCCUAUUAAAUUAUUAUCAAUUAUUUCCAAAUAUUUGAGUAUAUUUAAUGAUUGUAGAAAUAAUCUACUCUUACUUGAGCAUUAUGUGGUCAUCAUUUGUAAUAUAGCUGUUGUUAUUCUUUAUACCCAUGAAGUAUAUAAACACAGAAUCCAAACUAAUAACUCUAAUCUAGAAAAUAAUAAUCAAUCCAUAGAGUAUCAGGUAUUAUGUCAAAUCUGGUGGUUAUUGCAAGAUAUUGAAACUCAAUUAGAACCAAACUCAGAUAAAUAUCAAAUUAAAACUAAAAGUAAAUAUUCAAAAUUUGUUGAAACUCAACUUGGCUCCUUUAUUUCAAGUACCAUUGGUAGAUAUUCUAAUGUAAUUAUUAAUCUUAUUGAAUUUGGACUUAUGUAUUCAUUACAAAAUGAGGAAUCGAAAACUGACAUUUUUAAAGCUUUAAAUAAUUUAGAAUGGUUAGUUAAAAUUAUCUCAAAAAAUAUACCUCAAACAAUGAAGGAACAAAUUGUUCUUCCUCGAAUUGCAAACAAAUUAGACAAGGCUUUAACAACUCAAAAUAUAUCAAGGCAAUGGAAUAAAUAUUCUAUUGAACAAGUUAAAUGUAACAAAAUUAAUUAUAAUAAAUUCAACUACAAUCAAGGUCUCUUAUCAUUAGAUCAUCAAAAUAAUAUCAAAAGAUCUAACUUAUUCCCUAUUGAAAAUGAAAUCAUACAUUGUGUAUUUUUACUCUUAUGGGUAUGCCAUUUAAUUUUAGGAAUUCCCCAAGAUAAUUCUAUUACUUUAGCUAUUAAAAUAAAUUCCAAGCCUACAUUUCUACCUGUGGCUGAAAGACUUGUUGUAAGGAUCCUUUGUAUUACUCAGGAUCUAAUUACUUCAAAACCAGAAAAUAAAGAACUAAACUUACUCAUUAGCAACUUCUCUAUAUUUCUAGAUUAUUCUUCUCCAGUUAUUAUUUCAACUUGCAAGUCAUUUCAACAGCUUCAGAAACCAUUGAUGGAGUCUUUAGAUGCUUUACAGCUGAUAGUACAAAACAGCAUACAUCUGAGGGAAUCACGUCUAUCAAAUGUAAUAAAUUCAAUAGUAUCUUCGUUAGAAAAUUAG